AUGGCAUCAUCCAGAAGAGAUCAUCAGAUUCAGGGUUUUAGGCCUCGGUCACUCAAGGUACACAAAGAAUAUUCAUGGAAUAGUAAGAAGACGAUGAUCGUCGAGGCCAAUCAGCGCCGCCUUCCUCCACCGCAUGUUAUCUACUUGAAGUCACCAAAGGUUAUCCAUGUCAAGCCUCAGGAUUUCAUGAGCAUUGUCCAACAACUCACUGGCAAAAGUACUUCAUCCAGUCAUGUUGAUGUUGAUGUUGGUGUUGAUGUUGAAGUUGAAGAAAGAAGACGAUUAGCUGAAGAAGAAGAAGAAGAAGAAGAAAAAGAAUAA